AUGAGCAAUAUAUUGUCAGUUUUCAACCCCCCUCAACAGCGUGACCUAGAUGAAUCGGAAACAUUGGAUUGUUUGCCCUGUCAAGUCAUGAACUCGAUGCUAGCUCUUGGGUUUGGGAGUUACUUAGUCUCUGGCAGAGCUUUCAAAUACUCUACGAAGGAUACCAAGGCUGGAAUCAGUCUGAAGCAGUUUGAAAAGAGUAAUCCCCUCUGGUGGAAAUCCAGUGUUAAGGGGUUUGGUGCUGGAUUAAUCGUCUAUGGUAUUGUUCGAGGCACUGAGGGUUGGGUCUGGAAUAAAGAAAAGAAAUACCAACCACUGUCCUAA